GAGUGAAUAAGUUUAGAAAGUAGGAUGUUGUUAUUUAUUUGUUUAUUUUUCUUCGGGCUAUGGUUACAUCUCGUGAUUUUUUCAUAUACGCAAGAGUGAAAAUCAGUCACAUCACGUGGAUGGUUGAUCUGCUCCUGAAUGAACGUCCUCCGCCCACCUUUGGCCUGCGCGCGCCAUCUUGGAUCGCGGACGGCCAAAGUUUAAAAGCGCGGUCCCGACACUUCUCUGCCCAGAGCUCAGCUAACUUCCUUCCGCUACACUUAAGUGCUCGAACCAUCAGCCCGCUAGGAUGUGCUAGGACGAACCACACGCCAAAGACAAAGUAACUGAAAUCAGCCAUCAGCUUCGACCAAGUUCGUUCACAUCCACAAGACAACACCAACCAUGCACUCGUUUGUUGUGAUCCUUGAGCAGCAGCGAAGUAUCGUGCGCCUCAUGUGGCUCCGAGUGCCAAGACGCCUGUGGCACUAGGAACUUCAGAGCCUGCUGCUUCAACUUCCAGCGACGUCGAAGGGCGGAGGCACUCCCUCACAGCGUCUUGAGCGGCGACGGCGUGGACUCAGCGGCCCUCCAGGGAGUCCUGCGCCAGAUGAUCGACGCCCAAAACCCUCGGCUCCCCCAGGCCCUCCGCCCUCUCUCGCGCCCCCUGGACGUUUCCCCUGCAGAUCACGGCGCCGCAGGCUUCAGAGAGACGCCAUCCUUGUCCUCCUUCAUGAGCAGCCUCCUGCAGGAAUCCAGCGAGGAAGAGGGCGACGACGCGGCAGUCGUAGCGGACGGCAGGACCGAGGAGGACGACGCGGCCGCGGGUCUCGGCGAUGGCCUCAGCCUCUCCCGCCUCGUCGCCGUCGGGAUGCGCCGCCCCCCGCCCCCCGACAUACGGGUCCCCCUCGCCUCCUGCUGCGCCAGCCCCUCCGCCUCCGGUACCCCACUUCGACCUCCAGAAAGUAGAAAAACCAUCGAUGAAUAUGACAAUCAAAGAAAAGCAUAACCUCUUUCUCGACUGCCUCUCGAUAUAUGUAUUAGUGAGUGAAAAGAUAUGCCAACACGACUGAAAUUUCAACGUUAUGACAAACACUGUGGAAGGAUGCGAAUAAAACAAUAUCAUGGUACCCCCAGUACUCGCACACAUAUACACACUAUAUAUAAAUUCGUAUACACGGGUCAAGAAUCCAAACCAACCGAUCACGGGAGGUCAACGAGUCCCUCAGAAGGACCCGGUAGCGUUCCCUUCCCACUGCGUAGGCUGGCGCGGUGUCUGAAGGGCUGAGGGCGAAGGUGAAGGAUCCCCUGAUAUCCUACAAGGCUACUGAUUCGCUGACCCAUCCUUUGACUCAUGUUAUAUCUACUGCAUAUCGCUCUGCCUGCGAAGGGGCAAAAGGAAAUACACAUUCGUUGUACAUGCUUUUUCUUUCCUGGAAAGUCUUUUCGAGCACUAAACAAAACCAAAUGUAUUGAAGUUAAUAUAUAAACUGGAGAGACA